AAGCCUCAUUCUCUCUCGUUGAUACCCACGGUGUGUGAGGAACUGAAGAAGUGGAGAUCAACUUAUACACCGUCACACACACACACAGCAGGCUGUGAGCGGGGAUGGUAGCUGAGGAGAUUGUGGUCUCCCUCUCGGGAGGUUUCCCGUGGGGCUUCAGACUCCAGGGAGGAGCAGAGCAGCAAAAACCUCUACAGGUGGCCAAGGUUCGCCGGCGAGGCAAAGCGUGCAGAGCUGGACUGAAGGAGCAGGAUGAACUUGUUGCUAUCGGCGACCAUAUGUGUGCAGAGCUCAGUCAUGCUCAGGCCAUGAGCCUCAUAGAUAUGGAGAGCGCUACACUCAACCUGAUGGUCAAAAGAGCCCCUUCUGGACUCCACUCCUCAUCUUACUCUGGUUUCUCUGCACCGCCACGCUCCUGCAUGAGGGUCCUGUCUCCCCCCGCGGCUCUCUUGCCCUCCCAGCGUUCCUCCGUCCUCUCCCCCACCGGGAUACCCAGGGGCAUCACUUCCCCUCCGGACAGCGAGGCCUACUACGGAGAGACGGACAGCGACGCAGACACGCAGUCGCUCACGCACCGUCGCCACCGGCGGACGCCUCCUCACACUCGCUCACCUGCACGCCAUGACAACCAAGAGGAGGAGGAGACCUCAGAGAUGAGCGGGUAUGAGAGCACCACAGAUCCAGGGGUUUCCAUGCAGGAGCAGUGGGGAGGUCAGUGCCUUCUCGGCGUCCCUCGCAGAGAACUCAUCUACCAGCCGCUCCAGACCGAGUGGACCACUCCAACACGCACCCCUCACAUUGUGACCCCUCACAUUGUGACCCCUCACAUUGUGACCCCUCACACGCUCGCAUUGACCCCAGAUCAGGGGUUGAUGGAGGCGGAGGGAGAAGGGGACAGUGGCUUCCAGGAGGCGGGGGUCUGCAGCGGGCUGACCUGCCCACCGCUCGUGUCCCCUGAACGGGCCAAAGACGCUCUGCUUUCGGCCUGUGGUAAAUAUCUGGUGCCCAUGGUGGGACCACAGCAGACCCCGAUCAGCGACGAGCUCUCCACCACCUACAUGGACAAAGCACGGCAAGCGAAGUUGCAGCGUGGGGAGAGCGUGGUGGAGAAACAGGUGAAAGAAGCUCGCACUAAAUGCCGCUCUAUUGCCUCUUUGCUGACUGAUGCUCCCAACCCCAACUCCAAGGGGGUGCUUAUGUUCAAGAAACGCCGGCAGAGGGCCAAGAAGUACACACUGACCUGCUUCGGCAAAGCAGGGGGAGACUGCAGCGGAGGGGAGACAGAAGGAGACACAGGAGGGGAGACGGAAGAGGAAGGAGGAAGCUCUGCCUUGAGUGGCUCAGAAGUUGAUGAAGAGGGAUUCUCAGCCUCCUUUGACCCUACGUGGGACACCGGUUAUCUAGACGUGCUGGACAGGAAAAGCUCUGCCUGCCCAUCAUCCACACCGGCUACUCCAACGACGCCAACAACCAAUCACAGCUCAGGGCUGGACAUCUCAGCCUAUCAGACACCAGGACUGUUAACUCCUCUCAAUCAAAGCCUAGGGUUGGAGAUCUCAGGGCUGGAGAGCUCAGCCUAUCAGGGCUCAAGGCUGGAGAGCAGCGUCAGGAAGCAGCCAAUCAGUCACCACCCUGCACACAUGUCUCCUCCAGCUGUGGCUCUGACCAAUGGGGGGUCGAUGGCUGUAAGUCGGGCUAGUGUUGUUCUGAACCCGCCCUCUCAGAUGCCCCUACUAAGUCAAAAUGGGCAACAUGGCAACAUUCAUCUCAGUCCUAACCCUAACCCUAAUCAUUGUCCUAGCCCAAUGACAGACUCAGAUCAACUCCUGAAUCCAGGUGUUCUGAACCGUACUGCACGCCCCUUCACCCCAGGGCCUUCCUCUCGUGCAUCUGUAAUCUCUGUGAUGUUCCGCCCUCCCCAACCCAAACCCACACCCGUGACCAUGACGACCAAACCAGUAGCAGCCGUCACCAUGGUAACUAUCCAACCUACUCUUCAUCCAUCUGGGCCAGAUGAAAGGAGAGCUGUGUCUAGCACCUCACUGUACAUCCCUCCCAGAAAUAACAACAGCAACAUUCCCCCCUCCGUUUACUCUCCCCCCUCCUCUCUGUAUUCUGCACCUUUCUCCCAGCCUGCCACAAAUCCAGCCACAUGUCCCCCACAGCCCGCAGUGUAUGCUUCCCCCUCCACCUUGUUCUCUCCUUCUGCAGCUCAAGGCAACUUGUCCUGUCCAUCACCUGCUCAACCUUUCUCCCCCCCAUCUGCACAGGCAUUCCCCUCUCCUCCUGCUCCGUAUCCACCUUCCUCCACCUACUUUUCUGCUUCUCCCAUCUAUCUGCCACACCCCCCUGAUCUGACUCAGGUCUCCUUCCAUGCCCAGCCCACCCCUCCUUUCCCUCCUCCCACCCAACUUUCUCCAUCUCCAUCAAUCCACCCCCACAUCAACAUGACAGGUGAAGUAGCUCCUGGCCCCUAUGCUGCUAUAGCAACUGCAUCACCAACCCAGGAUUCACUGGUGACUCGAGAGGAGCGCAUCUCGGUCCCUGCCACCCGCACCGGCAUUCUUCACGAUGCCCGUCGUCGUAGCAACAAGAAGCCGAUGUUCUGCGCAGUCCAAAACACAGAGGUUUCUCCAAACCCAGACUUGUUGUCAAUGGUCCAGAACAUGGACGACCAUUUUGGCCCCCGGGGCCUCCUGGUGACUCCAAGUGUUGAAACUGGAGCUGCACCAAGUGGGGAGACCGGACAUGAGUCAGGGCCUGAGGAGGACUGGCUGAGGCUGGGGGCAGAGGCCUGCAACUUCAUGCAGGCCCAGCGGAGAUCCAGGCCACCUCCUGUAGCUCCCAAACCCCAAACCCCCCAGGUGCCACAGCUGGCGGGGAAGGGAGGUGAGCUGUUUGCCCGCCGGCAGAGCAGGAUGGAUCGGUACAUUGUGGAGCGAUCUCCCUCUGUUGCUGCCGUACCUUACUCUCCCGCCCAGACGAGGGAGUCAUCAACCACGCCUUCUCUCCCUUCGACCUGGAAGUACUCGUCCAAUAUCCGUGCUCCUCCUCCAAUCAACUACAACCCCCUUCUCUCUCCCUCCUGCCCUCUGAAGGCCCAGAAGAAGUCUGAGGUAAAAAAGUCUGGGCCAGCUGGAUCUAAAGGGAAGAAAGUGGGCCUCAAGUCUGUGGCAAUAAUGAGCCACCAGCCCUACCAGCUCAACUCUUCUUUGUUCAGCUAUGGUGGUGGUGUUCCCUUGGACACCUCCACCUAUCAGCAGCAGAAAGGAAUGGCAAGUGGUCCUCAGAAGACUGCACGAGUAUAUGAGGUGAAGCGCUUCUCCACGCCCCCACCAACAUCCACGGGGCCCGCGCUCAAAGUCAUUGUACCUCGAUCAGCGACAACACUCGGAGAGCCGCUGUGGCGCUCUGAUGUCACAUAUCCUCCCCCUACAGUUGGCCACGCCCCUCACCAACCCUAUCAGCCUCAACCCCAAUCCUUCCAACCGCAGUGGGCCACCUCCCCUCUGUCUCCCCCACCUCCUCCUGCCCCGAACGCUCCACUCCCUCAGCUUCCCACCUUCUCCGCUGCUCCUGCUUCAAUUCUAAUCCAGUCCCCGACUUUCACCCACCUUCAGCCCUCCAGCACUGCACAGGCCAACAGGCAGUUUAAGAGUGCCCCGAAUCUGAGUCCCCUGGGUCCCGCUGGUGCCUCUCGGUUGGCCUCCAGCAGCAGUCAACCGAACAGGGUCCCCAAGCCCAGGUUUGGCACUUCCAACAUGGGUCUGCACCCUUGUGUCUGGCGCCCUGGAUCCACUGCGCACUGAACAGACUCUGGAAUGGACAUAAUAAGCCACGGCUCCAUGGGAACGUAGAGCAACCUUUUUUAAAUAGGUCCAUGUGUUUUUAGUAUUGUAACAUUGUUAUUCAGGGCUUUCGCUUGGGGUUUUUACCAGCCACUUUUUAUCACAAGAUCUGUUUGAUUGGCCACCCAUGUAGCACAUUUGAUCACUUACAUUUAAUCGUGUUGCCUCAUUUACCCAACGCAUUUGGCUGUAGUUAGAGGAAGCACUGUUUUGCAACGAAAAUCUGAGAUCUGUUACAAAAAAAUAGAGAUCAACUGCAGAUUGAAAGGAUAGAAAGAGAUGCUGGGGAAAACUGAAAUACGUUUUUUGUAAAUAUUAUAUUGAAUGAGGAAGAUUUAAGUUCAAACAGUAAAACAAGAAGAAUAGAGAAUGUGAAAAAACAAGACUGUUUUGAGAGAGAUGUGGUCGAAGAUAGAAAAAAAGAUGAAAAGGAAAGCACAGAUGAAGUGACAUAAUAGAAACAAUGUGUAAAAGGAUUAGAUUUGAGUCAAAACAAUAUAACGUUGAUUUACUAGCACAUUUUAAGUACCUACUACGACUGUAAUUUCCCCUUAUUCAAUGGAUUUGUGUUUGAUGAGGAUGGAUUAUUUUCGGUUGUACUUUGCAGCAGCGUUUGCUUUGUUUUCUGUAGAUGUUCAUAGGUUGAAGAGCACAGCUGCCAGGAAGAAGGGAAGCCUUUUACAGUCGCCUUGAUUUCCAAUCUGUCGAUAUGAAACAAGAGAUGUAUAACAUGUCUGUUUAGCUGUUUUCCAGAGAGACAUGCGGCUGAAUAAAAAUAGACAUGACUCAC